CCAGACUCACUGGAUCCCAGCAAACAAACAUGCCGAGGUCUUUCUUGGUGAAGAGUAAGCGGGCCCACAGCUACCACCAACCCCGACACCUGGACGAUGACUACAUCGGCGUGGAUACACUUCUGGCCCACAUAAGCGCAGAGGCAAAAUGUCAAGUGGAGUGCAGCUCGGAGGCCGGGACCACUGAUAGACUAUCCCCGGGACCCCAGUGCCCGUCACCGGGUUCGCUGCCGUCCAGCUCCCCGCUGAGCUGCGGAACCAGUGACCGGGGUUCGGACUGUGAUUUGUGGCGUCCUCCGUCCCCAUCCUCCUCUCCAGAUUCCCAAGAAUGUUCCACACCAACAGCAGAGCACGGCCACCACCACUUCAACAUGCCGAUCUUCCCAGCUUACUCCUGGGCCUCCUAUACCGCUUCGGGACCGAUGCAUGCGAUCCAGAGUCCAUACCGCCAGCCUCACUCGCAGCUGAAGGUCUGCGGAGGCCCGGGAACCGAGGCCUUACUUUACGCACAGAGGCCCGCUGCCGCAGUCGGAUGCUACCAGGAUUGUUCUGCUCCGGUCCGACAAAUGUGCAGGACGCGGGACUCUGAUCAGAUGUUUGUGGACCUAAAGGAGACACAGCGUGGCUCUGAAAUCAAGACUGAAGAUGAUUUCAUGUGCAUCAACUCGGACGCUGACGGCUCCUAUAAAUGCAUCAAGUGUUACAAGGUUUUCUCCACGCCCCACGGUCUGGAGGUCCACGUGAGGCGGUCACACAGCGGCACUCGUCCCUUCGAGUGCGGAAUUUGCGGCAAAACCUUCGGCCACGCAGUGAGCCUAGACCAACACAGGGCGGUCCACUCACAGGAGAGGAGCUUCAGCUGCAAAAUCUGCGGCAAAAGCUUUAAACGCUCGUCCACGCUGUCCACGCACCUGCUCAUCCACUCCGACACGCGGCCUUAUCCGUGUCAGUACUGCGGAAAGAGGUUCCACCAAAAGUCGGACAUGAAAAAACACACCUUUAUCCACACCGGCGAGAAGCCGCACAAGUGCCAAGUGUGCGGGAAGGCCUUCAGCCAGAGCUCCAACCUGAUCACACACAGCAGGAAACACACGGGAUUCAAACCUUUCGGCUGUGACCUCUGUGGCAAGGGCUUCCAGAGGAAAGUGGACCUGAGGAGGCACAAGGAGACGCAGCAUGGACUCAAAUAAUCAUUUAGCCGAUUUGGUCAUAUUUGUGGUUUAUUAUUUAGCCCGUCAAGACUAUUUACUUGAAUAUUUAUUGUUAAACUCCUUUAUCCUUACUAAAUUAGCAUUAUUUCUUAUUCUAUUUGUGUGUAUAUUUCAAUUAUUUUUUUCUGCAUAUUCUCUACUUAAAUAGUUCCUCACAAUAACAUUUUGUUCAUGUAUUAUUUUUGUAUUGAAUCAUCAUUAUCAUAAAAUAUGAUUUUUGUUUAAAAGGAAACGAUUUUGGGCGGCACGGUGGUCUAGGGGUUAGCGCGCAGACCUCACAGCUAGGAGACCAGGGUUCAAUCCCACCCUCAGUUUGCAUGUUCUCCCCGUGCAUGCGUGGGUUUUCUCCGGGUACUCCGGUUUCCUCCCACAUUCCAAAAACAUGCUAGGUUAAUUAGCCACUCCAAAUUGUCCAUAGGUAUGAAUGUGAGUGUGAAUGGUUGUUUGUCUAUAUGUGCCCUGUGAUUGGCUGGCCACCAGUCCAGGGUGUACCCUGCCGAAGACAGCUGGGAUAGGCUCCAGCACCCCCGUGAGGAAAAGCGGUAGAAAAUGAAUGA